UGAUAUCAUGCCGUGAGAGCUGAUUGGGAACUAAUACACAUUACUGCGUGGCCACCCUCGUACACCUCGGCACUGUUAAGCACACCCACAUCACAAGUGUGAUGAGCUCCUCCACCCUUCGAGAAGAUGAACUGGACAAGUCUAUAGAAGACAAUAAAGAUCUCAAUGCCUCCAGACAACGUCCAAACCCGACACUUCAUCGAACCGAGUCCAACUUCGACCGAGCUCUUGACGCCGAGGCCAAUAUCGACGAGUCACCCACAGAAGGUGAUCCAGUCCCGAUAUCAGAGAAGAACGACAAUGACCCAGGCCCUCCUCCGAAUGGAGGCCUCACCGCUUGGCUACAAGUUCUUGGUUCUUUCUUCCUCUUCUUCAAUGCCUGGGGCCUCGUGAACACGUUUGGUGUCUAUCAGACAUAUUAUGCAACCAAUCCUGUGUGGCACGCUAGUCCUAGCGAUAUAUCCUGGAUCGGCUCUAUCCAGGCAUUUCUACUGUUGCUUGUCGGCGUCAUAUCAGGACCAGCAUAUGACAAUGGUUAUUUUCGAGCUCUCAUCGCCACUGGUGCAACCCUGAUCCCAUUCGGCUUCAUGAUGACAUCCCUGUGCAAGACAUACUGGCAGACGAUGCUAGCACAGGGCAUCUGCAUCGGCGUUGGAGCUGGCUGUAUCUUCAUCCCUUCGGUUGCGAUUCUGCCGCAAUAUUUCAGCACGAGAAAGGCAUUGGCGAACGGUAUGGCUGCGUCUGGAUCCUCGCUGGGCGGAGUUCUUUACCCCAUCAUCUUCAUCCGCCUGCAGCCGCACAUUGGCUUCGCUUGGGCGACCCGAGUCCUUGGCUUUAUCUCGCUUGUGACAGUCUGGUUCUCUGUGCUGGUCAUGAGGCCGCGAGUCAUGCCCAAGCAUAAACGCCAUUUGGUCGACCUCACAGCAUUCACGGAGCUCCCGUAUGUUUUGUUCUGCAUCGCCAUGUUCGUCGCCUUCAUCGGUUUCUACGGUCCAGUCUACUACGACCAGUCAUACGGAAUACAACAGGGCAUCACCUCGGAGAGGUUAGGGUUCUACUUACUCCCCAUGCUAAAUGCUGCCAGCAUUCCAGGACGGCUUGUUCCGAAUUUCCUGGCCGAUCACAUCGGCCCGCUAAACGUCAUGGGCCCAUGUUGCUUUAUGACCGGCAUGUUGGCAUUGAUAUGGAUCGGUAUUCACAAUGUCGGCGGCCUGAUCGCCUUUUCGUGUUUAUAUGGCUUCUUUUCCGGAGGGUUGGUGUCGAUUCCGCCCGUUGCGAUUGUUUAUUUGACCAAGGACAUGACCAAGAUUGGCACGCGAAUGGGCCAGCUGUUCUUCAUCAGCGCCUUUGGACUCUUGACUGGAACCCCUGUGACUGGCGCGAUCUUGGGCACAUCGUACGACUGGCUUGGCGUGCAGCUGUUCAGUGGUAUUGCCGUCGUUCUAGCCGCACUGUUGGUCUUUUGGGCGAGAUUCAGUAUCACUGGCCUCCGACUCCGGGGCAAGACUUGAAUGGGAAAGAGGAGGGAGAUAAACAUUGUACAUCAUAUAGAAAGCCUGCUCAGCAGGCCCUAGGCGAGCUCUGUUGCAGCAAAAAGUCCAUUUUAGGUGGAUGUGGAAAGCACUUCGAAGUUUUUGACAUGACCUCAACUGUUUUGAAACCCGGAGUCU